AUGGACACGACGCAGCUCAACCAGUCAAAGCUGGGCACGCGCGAGUACUGGGACGAGUUCUACGCGGUAGAGCAGCGCAACUUUGAGGCGGAUGCGCAGGACACGGGUGAGUGCUGGUUCGACGAGGACCGCGCGGCUGAGCGCAUGGUGGAGUUCCUGGAGGAGCACGUGGGCGAGUGGCGCAUAGCGCCGGACGCGGCGGUCCUGGAUGUGGGGUGCGGCAACGGGCACCUGCUGUUUGCACUCGCGGACGCCGGCUUCCACGGGCGGCUAGAGGGCGUGGACUACUCAGAGCGCUCUGUGCAGCUGGCGCGCGCCAUCGGCGCGACGCACGACGCGGACGUCGGCUUCCAUGCGGCCGACGUGUUCAGCGCGGCGUGGCAGCCGGGCGUGUUUGACGUGGUGCUGGACAAGGGCACGCUGGACGCGAUUGCGCUGAGCGGCAUGCAGCCCGCGGGUGCCGCGAGCGUGCCCGCUGCGUACGCCGCUGUCGUGGAGCGCGUGCUCGCGCCCGGCGGCGUGCUGCUGAUCACCUCGUGCAACUUCACGGAGGACGAGCUUGUGCGCCUGGUGGAGGCCGGCAGCGGGCUGCGCAAGUGCGGCCGUAUCGCCUACCCGGAGUUUGGCUUCGGCGGGAAGAAAGGCAGCACAAUUUGUAGUGUGGCAUUCACAAAGGCUAUGUAG